AUGCGUGGUCUCAGGAUGGACCAUCCUCGGCGCGGGAUCGCUGAUCCAGACCUCGCUUUUCCCGAAGCACUACUUCAGCUACGAGACACAAUACCAACAAUCACCAAUACCCAAGAAGUACCAAUAUCCAACCCUACCAUCACCCCCUAUAAUACAGGUCUCAACGGCGUCAAUCAGCCAAACAACAUGCUCUUCACCGACAUCCUCUGGUGGACAUUGGGCGGCUUGGGGGUAAUGAUACUGCUCAUCAGGAUAGGACAGUUGGCGUGGGCCAAGCUACGGCUGGUUUCGGCGAUGAAUACGAAGGGGAGGCAACAGCAUUUCUGGAAGGUCAAACAAUGGAGUUGGAUGCCCGGUCUGAAGAGGUCACUCAUCUACGCCCCAUUAUGGAAGAAGAGGCACAACCGCGAGAUCCAGCUCUCCAGCGCUGUCAACAUGGGCACUCUCCCAUCGAGACUCCAAGCAGCGGUCCUCCUCGUAUACCUGGGUAGCAACCUCGCAUACAUGUUCGUCCUCGACUGGCAACAAGCAAACAAGUACGCCCUCUGUGCCGAAAUUCGUGGCCGAUCAGGAACCCUCUCCGUCGUCAACAUGAUCCCCCUGAUCAUCUUUGCCGGUCGCAACAACCCCCUUAUUGGCCUUCUCAACAUCAGCUUCGACACCUACAACCUCCUCCACCGAUGGAUGGGUCGCAUGUCCGUCUUCGAGGUCCUCAUCCACUUCAUCGCCUGGGCUGUCGUCCAAGUAGCCGACGACGGCUGGGAGGGUGUCAAGCACAAGAUCCUCUACGACCGCUUCAUCAGCUCUGGCACUGUCGGCGUCGUCGCCAUGUUCGUCAUCCUCGUCCUCUCCCUUUCGCCCGUCCGCCACGCCUUUUACGAGUCCUUUCUCAACACCCACAUAAUCCUCGCCCUCGUUGCCUUCAUCUGCACCUGGAUCCACUGUGUCUCCGCCACCGUCCACGGCGGUCUCCCCCAAAUCCCCUGGGUCCUCGCCAUCUUCAUCCUCUGGGGCGCCGAGCGCUUCGCCCGCGUCAUCCGCCUCGCCUAUGCCAACCGGUCGUCUAGGGGUUAUACCACCGCGACGGUCGAGCCCAUGCCCGGCGAGGCCUGCCGAGUGACGAUGCACCUCCCACGGCACAUCCCCGUCAGACCCGGCCAGCACGCCUAUCUGCGUUUCGCCGGUCUCAAACCCUGGGAAAACCACCCCUUUUCCAUCGCUUGGUUCGAGCAUACAUACUCUCCUUCUUCCCUCCCCACCUACUCCUCUUCAUCCUCCUCAGAAAAACACCCCCCGGGAACAACUCCCACCUCCACCACCGUCAGCUUCAUCAUAGGCGCCCACACGGGCUUCACCCGCCAACUCUACAACACCGCCCGUGCCUCCCCCUUGGGAGCCCUCACCCUCCGAGCAGCCUUUGAAGGCCCCUACGCCGGCCACCACAGCUUCGACUCUUACGGGCACGUAGUCCUCUUUGCUGGCGCAACAGGAAUCACCCACCAACUCUCCUACAUCCGCCACCUGAUCAACGGCUGCAACGACCGCACCGCCUGCACCCGUCGGAUCACCCUCGUCUGGAUCGUGCGCGAUCACGAGGUGUUGGAGUGGAUCCACCCCUACAUGGAGCAGAUCCUGCGCCUCCCCAACAGGCAAGAGAUCCUCCGGAUCAAGAUCUUUGUGACGAGGCCAAAGACAGCGAUGGGGGUUAAUGUCCUGAGCACGAGCGGGACGGUGCAAAAGUUGCCGGGCAGGCCGAACGUGGUCACGCUGCUGGCUAAGGAGCAGGAUGAGCAGAUGGGGGCGAUGGUGGUUGGGGUUUGCGGUCCGGGGGGGUUGGGGGAUGAUGUUAGGGGUGCUGUUAGGGGGAUGCAGGGGUUGGGGACGGUGGUGGAUUUUGUGGAGGAGAGCUUUACUUGGUAG